CGUCAGCACAUGGCCGCAGGGGGCUGGUUUAUACCGGGACCCUCUAUUAAAGGCAGAACGCGGAGGGGCUGGCCGGGCAGAGGAUGGUAAACAGGCGCCCAGCAGCAGGUGUUCCUCCUUCUCCCAGGCGCCGUGUGCUCAAAUGCAAAUAAAGAGGCAGGAGAGACGGAUUUGACUGACAAAUACAGGAGCCUCAGCUGUCGUCCUCAGGAGUCACUCGCAGCCAAGUGACAAAUUGUCGGGGACAGGAUGCUUCCAUGGAGCGGCUCUCUUGCCCAAACUCCUCGCUGAGGUGCAGCAUCUGCCUCAUCCUGCCAUUAGUAUUCGGUACCUGCUCUACACUGAAGCUAAUGGCGCCAUCCCCAUUUAUACAUGGCAUCGUGGGACAUCCUCUAACCUUACCCAUCCAUUAUGAUGUCAACGCUUCUGCAUCCGGGGUUCAGAUUAUAUGGCUGCUUGAAAGACCGCCGGCCCCUCCUGCCUGCCUGCUGACUUCCUUCAAUCACACGUUUAUACCAGAUCUGGAAUUUCAGCACAAGUUUACAAUGGAUCCGCCAAAUGCCUCCCUGCUGAUAAACUCCCUGCAUAUGAGUGAUGAGGGUAACUACACCGUCAAAGUCAACAUACAAGGGGAGACCACCAUGUCGGCAACGCAGAAGAUUGAAGUCACUGUGCAUGUUCCAGUUUCAGAACCGAUUAUUGACAGCGAACCAUCGUACGGAGCGGUGGAGUAUGUGGGGAACCUCACCUUUAAAUGUCAUGCGAUAACAGGGACCCGAGUAAGAUAUCAAUGGCUAAAAAAUGGAAGCCCCCUGGAGAAUAGCGCCACCUACAGCUUCUCGCGAGACAACUCCACCUUCACCAUUGCGCCAGUGAUGAAGAAUGAUAUCGGGAAUUACAGUUGCCUGGCUUCAAAUUACAUCAGUGAACUGGAGAGUGACAGCAUCACGCCAAUCAUAUACUAUGGACCUUACGGGCUUCGUGUCAUCUCAGACAAAGGACUUAAGGUCGGAGAGGUGUUCACCAUUGCCAACGGAGAAUCUGUCCGCUUUGACUGUUCUGCGGAUUCCAACCCCCCCAAUACCUGCGCCUGGAUCCAAAGGGGCAACAACUCCAUGGAGAUCGUCAACUAUGGAACUUACUUCAAGCUCCUCUCUGAGAAAGUUCAGCAAAAGACUGUGGAUUAUCUGUGCCGGGCGUACAACAACAUCACCGGGAAGGGCGAAGAGACGCAGUUUACGGUCAUCAUCACACCCAUAGACCCAGAAAAACUUUCCCAGAUUGCCAGCUCCCUAUUCCCGCUGGCGGCCAUUACGGGAGUCUCACUGUUUGUAAUUGUGUCCAUUUGCUUUAUAUUUGUGUGGAAGAAAUAUCAACUUCACAGAGCCAUCCAGUGGAAGCUGCAGCCCCGGAGGCCUUCUACAGAAUACAGAAGGACUCCGAUCUAUUCAGGACAUGAAGAUGCCAUCAAUGAUUUUGGGAUCUAUGAGUUUGUGUCUUUACCGGAUUCUUUGGCACCACACAGGGUAAUAACCUCAGCUUCAAAUUCUCUGCAAGUCCAGGACAUAAACGGCACCAUCUAUGAAGUCAUACAGUUUGUCCCGGAGCAAAUGCAAAAUGAUCCACAACCAUAAAUAACAUGGAGAUCAUACACAAGAAACUGCAGUGUUCUAGUCGGUGUCAUUGUCUCGUGAAAUGACGACUUGAGCUGAAUACCUCACUCCCCUGCCGGCAGCUGACACAUGGAUGUAUACUUGUCAGCAGUCCCGAUCAUUUCCUCAGGACAAUUCUUCUUUUGAUCGGCCUGUAUAAUGGUGGCUUCCGUGGACCUGUGUGUGAUGUAUACUGUAAUGCUCUGAUUUUCUAAAGUUUCCUAUUUAUUCAGGUCUCCUCUCCACCUUUUGUAUCUUUUCAAUCGCAUCCAAAGUGAAGAGUGAAGCAACUUUACAAAUAGUCUGAAUUAAAAGUAUGCAAACCUAUGUGUUCCCAUAGUUACAGACAACAAAACAAACCUGGCGUAGUCAGAUCCUGCUUUCAUCUGUCCACAACUUUUAAGGUACCUUUACACCUAGGCGAUUAUCGUGUAAGAUAUUGUUAAAUCGAACGAAACUGCAAGAUUAUCAAGCAGUGUAAGGGCUCAUGCACACGACCGUAUGUAUUUUGCGGUCCGCAAAAAAUACGGAUGAUGUCCGUCUGCAUUCCAUAUUUUGUGGAACGGAA